AUGAUGGGGCUCGGCUCAAUGGCGGGCUACGGGAUCCAGUCGAUGCUCAAGGAGGGCCACCGCCACCUCUCCGGGCUCGAGGAGGCUGUGCUCAAGAACAUCGACGCCUGCCGCGAGCUCUCUGCCAUCACGCGCACCUCCCUCGGCCCCAACGGAAUGAACAAGAUGGUUAUCAAUCACUUGGACAAGCUGUUUGUCACAAACGAUGCUGCCACCAUUGUGAAUGAGCUCGAGGUUCAGCACCCGGCUGCUAAGAUCCUGGUACUGGCUGGCAGGGCUCAGCAGGAGGAGAUUGGGGAUGGAGCCAAUCUCACCAUAUCAUUCGCCGGCGAACUGCUUGGGAAGGCUGAGGAGCUCAUCAGGAUGGGCUUGCAUCCGAGUGAGAUCAUCAUUGGCUACACCAAAGCCAUCAACAAGACGAUUGAGAUCUUGGAGGAUCUUGUUGAGAAAGGCUCAGAGAACAUGGACGUAAGAAACAAGGAGGAGGUUGUGUUGAGGAUGAGAUCCGCUGUCGCAAGCAAACAGUUUGGCCAGGAGGAUGUACUGUGCCCUCUUGUGGCUGAUGCCUGCAUUCAAGUUUGCCCCAAAAAUCCUGCAAACUUUAAUGUCGACAAUGUUAGAGUGGCUAAGCUGCUUGGAGGUGGUUUGCACAAUUCUUCUGUGGUCCGUGGGAUGGUUCUGAAAAAUGAUGCUGUUGGUAGCAUCAAAAGGGUGGAGAAGGCAAAGAUUGCAGUAUUUGCUGGUGGUGUCGAUACCUCAGCAACUGAAACAAAGGGAACCGUGUUGAUUCAUUCCGCUGAGCAGCUAGAAAAUUAUUCUAAGACCGAGGAAGCUAAGGUGGAGGAGCUUAUCAAAGCUGUCGCUGACUCAGGUGCCAAGGUUAUUGUCAGUGGAGCUGCAGUUGGUGACAUGGCACUACAUUUCUGUGAACGUUACAAACUGAUGGUUCUGAAAAUCAGCUCGAAGUUUGAACUGAGAAGAUUCUGCCGUACUACUGGGGCUAUUGCAAUUUUGAAACUUAGCCAACCCAAUGCGGACGAACUAGGAUAUGCAGACUCUGUUUCCGUUGAAGAAAUUGGUGGUACUCGAGUUACUGUCGUCAAGAACGAAGAAGGUGGAAAUUCAGUGGCUACUGUUGUCUUGAGAGGCAGUACUGACAGUAUACUAGAUGAUCUUGAAAGAGCUGUUGAUGAUGGCGUCAAUACGUACAAGUCAAUGUGCAGGGACAGUAGGAUAAUUCCUGGUGCUGCUGCAACAGAAAUAGAGCUGGCAAAGAGAUUGAAGGAGUUCUCAUUGAAGGAAACAGGGUUGGACCAGUAUGCCAUUGCAAAAUUUGCUGAAAGCUUUGAAAUGGUUCCAAGAACCCUGGCAGAAAAUGCUGGACUUAGCGCAAUGGAGAUAAUAUCCUCUCUUUAUGCUGAGCAUGCUAGUGGCAAUGUGAAAGUUGGCAUUGACCUGGAGGAAGGUGCCUGCAAGGACAUCUCGACCUUAAAAAUAUGGGACCUCUAUGUCACAAAGUUUUUUGCCCUAAAAUACUCUGCCGAUGCUGCAUGCACUGUGCUACGGGUUGACCAGAUCAUCAUGGCCAAGCCGGCAGGAGGUCCAAGAAGAGAUGCCCAGCCUGGUGGUGGGAUGGACGAGGAUUAG